GCAGGUUGUGUGCGCAAUCUCACGAUCCGUGUCUGCACAGUCCCUUUCCUACUUCCCGGUAAUUGAACUCACUUCCCGAGAGCUAAAAAACAAGAGGAAAGAAAAUCAGGUGACAAAACAGGAGUGACUUAAAAAAGCAAAGGUGAAGUGAAAGACGGGCUUCCUACUCGAACCGAGGUGAUAAAACAUGAAUUCGGACUCCGGAUCGAGCAGAUCCUCCUCUCCGGACGUGGACGAUAUGUACGCGCGCAAGUCUUCCUCGUCCUCGGGCCAGACCGAUUUCGCGAAGAUGAGCAGCGAGCACUUGUCGAGGGGUGCGGGCGCGGGCCUGGGCAGGACAUCACCGGACGUCGGGGGCAAAUACAAGCUAAAGAAGCAAGUGACCGAGGAGGAGAUCCAGCAGCUCCGCCUGAAGAUCAACGGCCGCGAGCGCAAACGCAUGCACGACCUGAACCUGGCCAUGGACGGCCUCCGUGAGGUCAUGCCAUACGCGCACGGGCCGUCGGUGCGCAAGCUGUCCAAGAUCGCCACGCUGCUGCUGGCGCGGAACUACAUCCUGAUGCUCACCAGCUCUCUGGAUGAGAUGAAGAGGCUGGUCGGAGAGAUCUACGGCGGCGGCCAUCACGCCGCGUUCCACUGCGGCGCCGCGGCGAGCCACGGCCACGCCGCGCACGCGCCCCUCCCCGCGGCGCCCGCGGUGCACCACGCGCUGCUCGGAGGCGCCCUGGCGCCGCCCACGGCGUCCUCCGCGCUGUCCGUCGCGCUGCCCGCGCUCGGCUCCAUCCGGGCGCCCCAGAGUCUCAUGAAAACGCCGCCGACGCCACCGCUCCAAAUUGGCACCGGCUUUCAGCACUGGGCAGGACUUCCGUGCCCCUGUGCCAUCUGCCAGGUGCCGCCACCCGCCGCACACGUGCCCAUCACCUCCACGGGACUCACGAGACUUUCCGCCGACAAGGAGGCGAUGAAGUGACUAUGCCUGUAAAUUCGUCAUGUAAUCUGUAAAUGGGAUGGACACGCAGAACGAUAACGUGCAUGAUGUGUAUUGUUUGUACAUUUGCUCCUCUUAUUGUUUUUAUUUCGUUUUACAAUUCACUCCUUGUAACAAGGAUCUCGUGCAGUUGCGUUGUAAACGAAUUUGAACUCGCGCGCAUGCUCCAUCCACUGUAAAUAAUCUGAAGGCGCGUGCGUAAAUGUGAGCUGCGUUUUCCUGAAACGUCGCACCUGCGCUACCUGUUGCUGGUGAAGCUGCGAGGGGAAGACAGAUGCAGGAGGGAGGUCAUGAAGUGCCGUGCGUUCCUUGUAACAAGGAUUGUCAAAGUUUUACAGGAUAAAACUGUGUUUGUUUGUUUGUUUGCUUGUUUGGCGAUUUUCAUGUAUUUUUACUGACGUGUGAAAGACGUGCAACUCGGCGUGACGUUUUGCUGUGCGCGUUCAUGUGGUUAUUCGGGUUCCCUUUUUUCUGCAUGACCGUCGGGUUAAAGCAGUUUAUAUACCUACAGCAUGCGUAUAGCCCAAAUUUUAUUGGCAACAUCUUUUCUUUUCUUUAUUUUUAUUUUAUUUUGCCAGAGACCAC